AUGAGAAUCAAGAAAAUCUACCCGAAGUUCCAAGGAAAUCUACCCGAUGUUCCAAGAAAAUCUACCCGAUGUUCCAAGGAAAUCUACCCGAUGUUCCAAGGAAAUCUACCCGAUGUUCCAAGGAAAUCUACCCGAAGUUCCAAGGAAAUCUACCCGAAGUUCCAAGAAAAUCUACCCGAUGUUCCAAGAAAAUCUACCCGAUGUUCCAAGGAAAUCUACCCGAAGUUGCAAGGAAAUCUACCCGAAGUCCCAAGAAAAUCUACCCGAAGUUCCAAGGAAAUUUACCCGAUGUUCCAAGGAAAUCUACCCGAUGUUCCAAGGAAAUCUACCCGAAGUUGCAAUGAAAUCUACCCGAAGUUCCAAGAAAAUCUACCAGCAGUUCCAAGGAAAUCUGCCCGAUGUUCCAAGGAAAUCUACCCGAUGUUCCAAGAAAAUCUACCCGAAGUUGCAAAUCUACCCGAAGUUCCAAGGAAAUCUACCCGAUGUUCCAAGAAAAUCUACCCGAAGUUCCAAGGAAAUCUACCCGAUGUUCCAAGGAAAUCUACCCGAUGUUCCAAGAAAAUCUACCCGAAGUUGCAAGGAAAUGCAUAUUAUCAUUGCAAGAAACAUUUCUUUUAA